AUAUGUGUGUAUACUUAUAUAUAAACCUCUCUAUAAUCUAAUCCCGCAAACGCCUUCAUUACAGCUUGUCUCCACUGCUUUCCUUUUCUAUCAUAGAGUACAGAGAAAGAAAAUGGUGAAGUUCUCCAAGGAACUUGAAGCUCAACUAAUUCCAGAAUGGAAGGAAGCUUUCGUUAAUUAUUGGCAACUCAAAAAACAUAUAAAGAAAAUUAAACUUUCAAGAAAGCCGAAACAAUCUCCAGAAUUUGACCACGAAUGUGGUCGCUCCAUUUUCAACCCGAUUCGUUUCCUCUCCUAUAAACUCUCCAACGCUUUCUUUCGCUCCGAUAGCAAAACUGAGAUCAUUCAGGUGAGAAGCAAAGCUAUGGAGGACCAAGAUGGUAAUGAAGAUCAGGAUAUUAUUUAUAAGACUGAGCUUGUGCAGUUAUUUUCCGAGGAAGACGAGGUGAGAAUAUUUUUUGAGAAACUUGAUGAAGAGCUAAAUAAAGUAAACCAAUUUUAUAAGGCUAAAGAAAGUGAAUUGCUUGAAAGAGGAGAUCUUCUUUACAAACAGCUUGAUGUUUUGUUGAACCUAAAGCAAAUGCUAAACCUCCGUCGCCGGAAGCCCAAUGCCGGAAUUAUUCCUCCUCCUUCGUGGUCUUCCUCUCCUCGAAAUUCUAAUUAUUCUGAUACCUCAAAUGGAUCGAAUGAUAUCCCGGAAGAAUCAUCAGAGACUGAUGAAGUAAUUGCAGCGCUAGAGAAAAAUGGUGUGAAUUUUGUUAAUUCGGCAACGAGGUCAAAAACCAAGAGAGAUGGAAAACCGAAAAUGGCUUUGAGAAUUGACAUUCCUGCAACAACACCAACACGGGCAAUCACAGCAAUUACAUCAAUGCUUUGGGAAGAUUUGGUUAAUAAUCCCAAAAAAGAUGGCUCUCGUGAUUUCAUUAACAGGAAGAAAAUACAAUGUGCUGAGAAGAUGAUUAGAGGUGCAUAUGUCGAGCUCUACAGAGGCCUUGGCUUACUCAAAACUUACAGCUCCCUGAACAUGAUGGCUUUUACAAAAAUACUCAAGAAAUUUGACAAGGUAUCGAACCAGCAGGCAUCAGCAAGUUAUCUAAAAGCAGUGAAGAGAUCGCAUUUCAUUAGCUCUGAUAAGGUUGUUAGACGAAUGGAUGAAGUGGAGUCCAUAUUCACAAAGCACUUCGCCAGCGAUGACAGGAAAAAAGCAAUGAAAUUCUUGAGACCACAGCAGCAGAAAGAUUCUCACAUGGUCACCUUUUUUGUUGGUUUAUUUACUGGUUGUUUCGUGUCGCUGUUUAGUGUAUAUGCAAUAUUGGCACAUUUAUCAGGCAUUUUUAGGCCAAAUGCAGAAACAUCAUCUUAUGUGGAAAUUGUCUACCCCGUUUUCAGUGUGUUUGCCUUGCUAAGCUUGCACUUAUUCAUGUAUGGGUGCAAUCUUUUUUGGUGGAGAAGUGCAAGGAUUAAUUACAAUUUCAUUUUUGAGUUCCAACCAAACACAGCCCUAAAGUACAGAGAUGCAUUUCUCAUUUGCACAACUUUUAUGACCUCUGUAGUAUCUGCUAUGGUAAUCCAUCUUCUGUUAAGGGCUAAUGGCUUUUCACCUACACAUGUUGAUGCCAUUCCUGGAAUUCUCCUCCUAAUUUUUAUGGCAUUCCUCGUUUGCCCAUUUGACUUCCUAUAUCGCCCUACACGUUAUUGCUUCCUUCGUGUCAUGCGCAACAUAAUCUGCUCCCCAUUUUAUAAGGUUUUGAUGGUUGACUUUUUCAUGGCAGACCAACUUACAAGCCAGAUACCAUUACUAAGGCACUUGGAAUCUACAGCAUGCUACUUUCUUGCUGGGAGUUUUCGAACACAUAAAUUCGAAACAUGCAACAAUGGAAGAUUAUACAGAGAGCUCGUAUAUGUAAUUUCAUUUUUGCCAUACUAUUGGCGAGCCAUGCAGUGUGCAAGGAGAUGGUUCGAUGAAUGUGACGCGAACCAUUUGGCAAACAUGGGGAAAUAUGUUUCCGCCAUGGUAGCAGCUGGUGUUAGACUAACUUAUUCUAGACAGGAAAACCACUUAUGGUUUGGUAUAGUACUGGUUACUUCUGCCAUUGCUACUGUUUAUCAGUUGUAUUGGGAUUUUGUUAAAGACUGGGGUCUUCUCAAACCAAAAUCCAAGAAUCUAUGGCUAAGAGAUGACCUAAUAUUAAAGAACAAAAGCCUCUAUUACAUUUCCAUUGCUCUGAACAUAGUUCUUAGAGUUGCUUGGGUGGAGACUGUUAUGCGAUUUCGAUUUAGUAUUGUUGAGUCAAGGAUGCUGGACUUUUUCUUGGCUUCUUUAGAGGUUAUUAGGCGAGGUCAUUGGAAUUUUUACAGAUUGGAGAAUGAGCAUUUGAACAACGUCGGCAAGUUCAGGGCAGUGAAAGCAGUUCCUUUACCAUUCCGGGAAACCGAUUCUGACGGUUGAGAGUGUUUAUUAAUUGAUAAUUUUAUUCAAGUCAGACUCCUGACAAGUUCAUGCUGACAUGGAGAGGCAUUCAAUAUUUUGCAGGACUGGGAUUGAAAUUUCACAAGCAAAAGAAAAGGAGGAAUGUGGUAUUAUCCCAGUCAAUUCUUCACAGAUCCCAUUCAUUCUGUGAAUUUGUAUAGCUCCAAGUGUAUUGAAAAAAUAACAGUUCUUGUAAAUUUGGAAACUCUAAUUUCAACUUCAUGAUUUAAAAAUA